AGUUCCUCUGCAACCAAGUUUGACUGUGACUACCAGCAGCCAGACAUGCAUCCAAGCCUCACCCACUUUACCCCAGUCUGGUGUGUCUACAAUUGUGUACCAGUUGUACAGAGACGGGAGCUUCAUCUCCAACAUCACUGGAAACUACGAUGAUUGUGGUUUGAGGCCAGGCUCUUCUUACGAAUACAAAUUGAUGGCUGUCAGACCACUCAACGGGGCAUUCAGAGAUUCGACACUGAUUGAUACGUGCACAGAACCAUCCACACCUGUGGAUUUGAUUGCCACGGUCCCCACGCAUGAAUCAGUGAGUUUUGGAUGGAGCACUGGAGGGGGGACUCUAACUGGCUACAAUGUAUCAAUCAAUGCCAGUAAUUCAACUGUGGAAAUCGAACAUCCGGCUAUCCACAAUUACACCUUCGUGGGCCUCAAUCCGGCUGCUGAUUACACUGUGACAGUGACCAGCUACUGGGUCUGCCCCCUGGAUGCCUUGACAAAAACAGACCCCAACGGAAUCAGUCUUGUCGUCCAUACGGCUCCGGCGGCGCCAAUACUGACUGUUACCAACACCAAUAUCACCCUGGGAGGCAGUACAGAUUCACUAUAUCUGCAGAUCAAUCAGAGCUCUGGAGAUAUUAACAACAAUUUGGUCACCUACUCGGUGUUCCGCUACGACAACGAGGGAGGGCUGCGGGAGAUCUACAGUGACUUGGGACCAGUCUCAGAUAGAGAAGUGAAUCUGUGGGACACUGACCUGCAGCCUGCCCAGUACUACACUUACUACGCAGUCGCUCACUACAUGGGACACGACUCAGAACCUUCCGAGCAAGUCGGAACAUGCACUUAUCCUGGUCCCGUGGCUCACCUUGACCUCCACACCCACUACACCGACUACAUCAGCCUCACCUGGGCAGCCCCCCUCGUGGGGUCCAAUGCGCCCACCUACUAUGCCAUGAUCAUAGACGGGAACAGUUCAAUUGUGAACUACACUGAGUAUGAGUACAAUGUGACCAGAGGGGGGACUGAGUUGAGAGAUAGAGACGUGAUGAGUUUCACUGUCAUGACUGUGUACUCCUGUCCCAACAACGAAACCUACACAGGAGCUGCCACUUCAAUCAGCGGCUAUAUAGGCCCCUUCCCCCCUAACAUCACAAGUGCAGUGCCUCUGAGCACCACGGGGAUCGAACUGCAUGUCAUUGCUAAUCUCACUUACGACCAGAGUGAAAACACCACGUUUUUGAUCACGAGGAAUGAACAAUAUCUUAGCACUGUGCCUGCCGCAACCCACGUGAUCCAGGACACCCUCAGUCUCCUGCCAGGAUACCAGUAUACCUACGUAGCUAAUGCAAUCCAACGUGGUCUGAAAAGCAGAAUGUCUGCCCCAUUCAAGACGUGCACUUAUCCUAACUUGCCAACUGGCCUAAAAGUGAUCAGUCAGAACUCAGAGUCGGUCACGCUGCAGUUCGAAUCCCCAAUUGAAGGUCGCGUGGACGGGUUUCUGUUCACGAUCGAUGGUGGCUUCUACUCUGAGCACGUGACAGACACAGUACAGGGUACUCACACAGUCACUUUUCCGACCACAGCCUCAACACUCUCUGUAAAUGUCAGGUCUUACGUCUUCUGUGAAAUGACAGUGAAUGGAGGCGAAAACACUACACUUCACAGUGAAGACAUGCUGUCCAUUACAGCUCACACAACGCCCCUCCCCCCUGCCCUUGAGCUAGUCCCCCUGGGCGAGACGUCAGUUCAGAUCAGCUUCGAUGUGACAGACCCCGCUUUCACUUACCAUUUAUGGAGGGAUGGUGUGAAAAUAGCUUCUGACUUCAGCUCGCCCAUCAUAGAGGACACUGGUCUGAUUGCGGGCACAGGUUAUAUGUACAAGGGAGCGGUGGAGAAAAACGGCGUGCUGUCUGAAGUGUCAGAUUUCGCAACAGUUCAUACCCUUCCGCCCGCAGUGUCCGAACUGAAAAUGACAGCUGUCACUCACGAUUCACUGACUGUCAACUGGCUCAACAACAUGGGUGAGAUCACUGGAUUCUGCAUGUACAUUGACGGAGUUGAGGAUUCCUGUUUGACGACUGCUCAGUUGAACAUGCACACGUUUGAAGCGUUGAACCCGAACACAGCUUACGAGUUGAGAGUGUAUACGUACAUUCUGGUGAAUGGGAUUGAGAUCAACUCCUCCGUGACGUCCAUUGCAGACAGGACUACCAUGGCCCCUCCCAAGAUAACUGUGGCCCCAGGGGACAUGCCGGGCACCAUGGUCAUCGACUUUGUGGACUCACAGUACCCUGUGACGCGUACAGUGUACAGACUGGGUCCAGAUGGAGUGUGGGAGCAGGCGUAUGACGUCACCGACCCUUUCUAUGACUCACAAUUGCAGACAGCCAAAGAGUACACGUAUAAAGCCACCUACACUGGUCUAAAUGGGGCGGAGAGUGCCUCUUCUGAUCACGUGGUCAUGUGCACCCACCCUUCCAAGCCAGUGUCACUGCAGAUGUCCAAAGUGGACCCCACCAAUGGAGUGUACAUUGCCAUGUGGGGGCAACCCAACAACCCACCCACUGAUUACAACGUGUUCAUUGGAGACGUCGAAACCCACUCCGGAGUGAGUGGAAUUUCGCAGGACAUCUCAUCCAGUCUGUCCGGACAUGCCAAGACAUACCUGGUCCAGGUGCAGUCAGCAUACACAUGUGCCAAUGCAGACAGAGGGGAGGGCUCCACAGCUGCGUCCGAAGAACUGUUGAGUCAUUCGAAGACUUCCCUCUACGUCCACAUUCCCCCCUCUCAGCCCACACUCGUGGUGAGCAAGUUCGAUUCCACCACCCUCCAGGUAGAUCUGAGUCAGGGUGGGGACGAUGCGAAUGAGGAGAUUGUGUUCUUCGAUGUGUUCAGAAUGAAGGGGGCAAGUGUCGAACAGGGUUUGAGGUUCAUGAACGUGACAGAUGAUGAGCCACUGUUGGAUUCCUUUAAUCUGAUGCCAGGCACUCUCUACUCUUACUACACAUACGCAUUCUACAGAGGGGUGAGAAGUGGGAAGAGUGCUGUUGUUUCCCAGUGCACUGACCCCCAGAGACCCACUGGACUGCGGGUGGUGGACUCCACUAGUGAUGACAUCACUCUAGCCUGGAACCCAUCCGCCAACGGGGCAGCCACAGACUAUGAGUUUGAAGUGGACCACGGAACCCCCUUCUUCAACUCCGACUUCACCCCCACCCCCACCUUAACUCUAACCCUCAACAUCUCCUCCACUUCUGUGCCCACCAUCUCCAGCGGCACUGAGUUCAGUGUGAUGGUGAGGAGUGUGUUCACUUGUAGUGUGGAUGGAACCAACCGAAUCAGUGGUUGGAGUCGGAUCGAAGCGGCCACAAGACCGGCGAAGCCAGAAAUACAGAGUGUCAUCCCUCUGGUUGGUUCCAGUGCUGCCAUCCAGGUGAUCGUCACAGUGUUCGAUGAGUUCCCCGACUUGACUGUCCUGGUGUUUGCAAAUGGAGAACAAGUGGGAGAAAUGAAGGACAAUCUGACUUUCACCCAUUAUGGAUUGCUAGCCGGAGUGCAGAAUGAGUACACUGUUGCAGUGGUCAAACACGGUCUGAUGAGUGAACUAAGUGACCCCCAAUGGGGCUGCUCCUUCCCUGGUGUGCCCCAGUUCGCCUACUUCACAGAGCAGGGCGAGAAUGAUGUGAAAAUCAGCUGGACUUACCCCCAUGACUCAGCAGAGCAAGUGGGUGUGUCCCACUACGAUGUGUAUCGGGACGAUGCUCUAGUGAGUCCCAACCAGACCGACCGGCACUUUUCCCUCUCCGGCCUCGUGCCAAUGACUCAGAUGACACUGUCCAUAGCCACAGACAUCAUAUGCAAUGUAUCCAACCAGAGCGUGGAGUACUCUUCCAUCUCUUAUGAAGGUGGACUUAAGAUGGUGGAGGCCUACACUACUCCCAGUCAGCCGGAACCCUACUUUUUCGGGGAGAACACUGUCGAUCAGAUCCAAAUUGGACUGGAUAACCCCGGGGCUAACGUGUGGAGUGUACCCUACCACGGGAUCCGCGUGUUCCGCUACGGAGUAGAAGUAGGACAACAUUUCACUUCAAUCGACCCAUUCAUUUUCACUGACACUGGAUUGGAGGCUGCCUCAGUGUACAGUUACGAGGUGGAAGUGAUGUGGAAUGGACUCACUGCUUACAGUGCACAGCCUAUCGAAACCUGCACACCUCCCAAUAUUGUUCAACGCGAAGAGGCGGAUAACCGCAAUUGGUAUGGAGUGGACUUCAAAUGGAAACAACCCCUCGGCAAUACCGUCGACAGCUUCGAGGUCAAGAUUGACAUAUCGGGAGAGGAUGCGUGGAUGGAUGUCGGCUAUGUAUUCGACCACUCCUUCCGGUCACCAGACACACCUGACGACUUCAGCAUCUCUGGCACGACAGGCAUGCUCUUGGCAGCCCUGGAUUCGAAGCGACACUUUACUGCCAAGUCCAUCAUGCCCAACACAGUCUACCACAUCCAGAUCAGAUCUGUGUACCUUUGCCCAGUCGAUAACACCAUCAUGUAUGGAGAUCCAGUCACGGUGAUUGCUGAGACAGCGCCAUACCCUCCCAAAGAUGUCCAACUAGAACCCAGAGACACCCAGAGCAUACAGAUCACGUGGGAUGGUAUCCAGGCACCAGAGUUGGUAUAUGACGUCAUGGAGUGCUCACUGGACCUUACUGAUUGUUCCACCUUGGUGGUGGCUAACUUGACAACUGAUAACUAUCUUAUAACAGGUCUCUCGACUGCAUCGAUGUACUGUUACGAGAUAGUGGCCAGAUGGCGUGGCCUUGAGACCAGAACGAGAGACAGGUACCUCUGGCUAGACGACUACGACUACCACACCAAUGAGACACUAGUCAAUGACCUCAAUCACGUGAUAGAUAACGCAGAGUUCACCGAGGGUCAUUUGACAUUCGAUAAUUACACGCAUGCCUAUUUUGAUGCUCUGUGCUCCUGUACAUAUGGUCCGGAGCCCACUGCCAUCUCGUGGCAGCAAGACACCUCCUCCUCCCUCCACUUCAGCUGGACUGUCCCCCCAGUGUCCUCUCACUCCUCCCUCUCAGCCCCCCAGACAGGACAGACACUCACAAUGUACACUGUGGUGUCACACAGCGAGGACAACGAAACUCAAGUGGAACUCAACUUCACCCACACUCUUUCCCACACCUUCACCUCCCCCACUCCGGCCGGGUUGACCUUUGACCCCAUGACUAGCAAGAAGGUUGAAGUGAGGACGAGGCUGGUGUGUCCGGACAGGAAGGGUCAAUACUAUGACUCACAUGCGACUGUUUUGGACUCGCCCUCUGUCAUGACCACUGCGUGGACCCGUCCCACCACCCCCAAUAUAACAAUGACAGACCAGCAGUUGACCAAUCCAGACGAGGAAAUCAGAGUAGACUACAACACUCCAGAUGUGGAGUACCUCUUCUUCCAGAUGUACAGAAAUGGCACACUCCUCCCACUCAACGACACCACACACUAUCUCAUAGACACUGGGCUCACUCCGGGUACUGUCUACUCUUACACUGUGUUCUCAACCUACUUCGACCAGUCUGGCACCACCCUCACCAGUCUCCUGUCCCCACCCGAACAACAGUGCACCCUCCCAGCUGAUGUGCCCUCUCUGAAUAAGACCAACCUUCCUAAUACUAACAGGGUCUUGUUUGAAUGGACUGCACCGGUUGAUAACUAUAUUGGAUACAACUACUCCACGGAUGAAGGAGUGACCUUCACCACCACCUCUGCCCAGUCUGUGACCUUGACCAACCUGGACUGGUGUGACCCCUGGCACUUCACCCUCUACUCCCUCGGCAACUGUGGCGAACACGGGGACGCAGUGUCCGAACACGCACAGGAGAUUACUGGGGUUGUAGCUCCUGCAACUCCCGUAAUCUUACUCAACUCUCGAGCCCUGAGCACCAGUGAAAUAGUCAUCGCCUGGGACGACCCGAACACAGCACACAACUGCGACCCAGAGACGUACACGGCUAUCGUGCGCAACGGGACUGUGAUUUACAACUCAAGUGAUCCCUCGUUCCCGCAGACCACUGAUUUUGGACUGGCAGGGGCGACCGUGUACUCGUACACUGCUAUGUCGUCCAGAGGAGGAGAGCCGUCGCCUAUUUCGGAUCCAGUCAUCAUUUGCACUGAGCCCGACCCAGUUGACGCUUCAACUUUGACGUGCACAGCCACUGACACUCUCAGAAUGGACUUGAGCUGGCAGCCCCCCUCUGGAAUACAAGCCAGUGGAUACGAUCUGGACACAACUGGAAGACUCGUGAGGAAUGUGAAACAGCUGAACACCAAUUCAUACGAACUGGUAGUGAACUACCCUGGGAGUGAGUACCGGUUGAACGUGACUGUCGCUGUGUUGAUCGACUGUCCCAUGUCCUCCGGCUCAGCUACUCAGAGGUCAACCUCAAACACCCUCAUCCCCAUCACAUGCUACACUUAUCCCCAAGAGGUGACAUUCUCUGUUGUCGAGACUACCUCGACCACAACUAGACUCGCAUGGACACAAAAGGGCGGCUCAACCUACUUCAACGUCACAGUCACGCCACACAACAGAGACGGCCCACUGGUUGAUCGGAUAAGGACGUACACUACCACCAACCAGACCAUUGAGAUCGACUCACUUGACGGGGGACUGCAAAACAAUAUUGUGGUGGUGAAUUACUAUCAAGGAUACCCUUCGAACCCAACUGAAUACAUACACAACCCACUUGGACCUGAGGAAAAAUUACUGGGGCAGACGCCGACCAUCGGAGGAGCCAUAAUUGGAAUCAUCGCUCUAUUGGGGGCAUGCAUAAUUGCAGCAUGCGUGUUUGCUGUGUACAAGAUAGUGAAGACACUCAAGGCAAAACCAGCAGACAAUCUUCCACCCAAGUUGGAUAAGGCUCCACGAGCUUGGUAGAUUGCCCAACUGGAUAUGCAAAGAAAAAUGGACAAUCAAAAUUUCGGAGGAAAAAAAAUGAAAAAAAAAACUGGAACUUUAUCUGUAUAUAAUUACAAAGAACACUUACUCAUAGUUCAGAAACAUCAUUAGUGUUAGUUUUUAAUAAUUUAGAUAACUCCACUGAAAACGACUAUACAAAAUAAAUCAACUUUUUUCAAAUCUAAGUUUCCCAUACGUAGAAAACAUCAAAAAUGGGCCAAUUCUAUCCGAUUUGAUUGUGUAAUUUGUAAAUAUUGUAAAUUGAAAA